AUGUCCAUCAACACAAUGUUCGCAGAUUUACAAAGGGAGAAGUGCGCGAGUAGAUUACGCAAUAUCCUUUUCUCCUUCAAUGAAUACAUGUUCAUUGUUAUAGAUGGGAUAGACCAUGCUUUGGGAACUGCGGGGAUGUAUUACGUCUAUGGGAGUGAGCCAAUAGAAACGAUCAUGACGGAAGGCCAGAUGAUUCUGGACGCUCUGGAAGAAGCUAUUCCCAUAUUGAAAGAUCACGCUCUUCCGUUCUUACCAGAAACCCAAAAAGAACUGGAGUUUUAUAUCAGGGACUAUCGAGAAAGAUAUCACCGUUCUCAAAGGAGAUCUCAGUCAUGGGUCCCAUUUGCCGUGCGUACAGGAUCUAGUAUGGGGGAGUUUCGAGCUGACCACGUUGGACAUCUCUGA